AAACUCCAGAAGUGUGUCCUCACUGUGCUGGCAGAAUUCAUCAGCCUCAACACGCAGUAAAAAAAACACAAGAAAACCGAAGCCAUGACUGAGAAUGGUUUGUUUGGGUUCUGUCUGCUGGCGGUUUGUUUCCUGCUCCAGCCCGGACUGGCUCAGGUUCCUGAGCAGGUUCCUGAGCCAGCGCAGUGCCUCGUCUCCAGGAUGUACAGUCUGACCCGGCUGCCGGAGAGUAAAGAUUACCACAGCUGCUAUCAUGAUUGCUUAGAAGAACCUGACUGCCACAUGGCCGUGGUGACACAACCGGUCAGCGGCCCAUCUGAGUGUCUGCUGGUCAACUGUCUGAACCAGGGUCAACACUCGUAUCCCCGAGAUCCCAGCGCAAAGAUCAGUGUCUACCCCAAGAGCACACUUAACAAUGAACAAAGUACCUUUCUCAUGAAACACCAACAUGCAGUCGAUGAUGAGACGGGUCGAUGCUACGACAUCAUGACUUACAGCAGCUGCCAGUCGGGGGUUCCCAAAUUCUUCUACAACAGCACCAGUUACAGGUGUGAGCAGUUCUACACUGGCUGUGGGUCCAACAGGAACACAUUCAAUACCCAGGAGGCCUGUGAGGCCCUCUGCAGUCAGAAGUUCCUUUGUUAUCGGCCAAUGGAGCACGGUCAGCCACCCCCCAUUCGCGUCACCGAUGUCUCAGACAACUAUGAUGACAGCAUUCCCAACAAGAUCUUCUACAACGUGUCGAGUUCCAGGUGUGAAGGGUUUCACUUCAGAGGCAGUGUGUCUAAUGGGAACAUCUUUAACACUGUGGAGGAGUGUGAAAGACUCUGUGCUGGUGUUAAAGAUCUGACAGUGGCUGCUCCUGCAGAGGGGACAGUUCCUACAACCAUUCAACCUGCUGUGAACACAGCUCCUACAACCGGCCCACGUGCUGUGGAUUCAGCAGACACUACAGUGGCUGCUCCUUUGGAUGGGACAGAUGUUGCAGCUCCUGUAACCAGUUCCAUAUCAGGUAUUGUCUUGACUUCACUCACUGCACACGUUUAUCUUUACUACCUGAGGGUUAGUGUGGGAGGCCAAAAGUAUGUGGACAUCUCGUGCAGAAGCGGUCUUCCUCAGUGUCAUUUUGCUGCUGCUGAUCAUAGCUGCCAUCGCCAUGCAGUGCGGCAGACUGUUCCCCCGUUCUCCUGACAGAUACCAGAGGCUGGCAGAUGCAGAUCCAGCUCAGUAAUCUUUGGUGGAGUCGGCGUCUGUUGAGGGGAUCUCAUCGAGUCCUCGACCACAGACUGCUUCAAGGGAUUGGGUGGGCCUUUAGAGGGCACCUCUGCUGAUGUCCUCUCACUGUUUGUCACUGAAUCACUGUAAAAAUCAACACUUUUGAUUAAAUUUAAACGUGUAUAAUUGACCCUGUGCUAAGCCCCGCCCCUUUGUGAUGGUCCAUCAAGCUGUUGGAGCGAGCAGGGAGCCCACACUGUCUCUAACUGCACUCCCAGAAGAAAUGCUGUCACAGUUUUUGGGAAAACGGAAAGGUGAUUCCAGAGAGCAGCACACAGAGGGGUCUACAACAUGUGUUUGACAGACUGUUUAUUCUUUAUUUCCUUAUUUAGUAAUCAUUUUUCAGUAUCAUGUGAUUCUGCAUUUUGGGUAAAAUUCAGGAAUUUCCUUCCUUUAUGUCGUUUUUUUUUUCUGUUUAGUUUGUGUGUGGGUGAAGCUGCUGUUUGAGACGUCAGAGGAAGAAUCAUGUUUUCAUAGCUGAUUUACUGAAUUAUUCUCCAUGUAUUGGUUUAGUUUGAACUUCUGAAUUGUCUUCAUGGUAAAGUUGUUACAGUGCCAACUGGUGUCUGCAUCAAAAUUAAAAACACUGUCUUUCAA